UAAACCGCCGUGGCCUGUCAAACCCCCACCCUUAUAGCCAACAUCACCACCAACCCAGCUUUUGGGGGAUUCCAGACACUUCCACUCUGACAACCUGCACCAAACAGAAUGGAUUUCAUCCUACCCAUAAGAAAUCAAGACAUGAUAGCAUAUUCCAGCUCACCACCUCGCCUGGGCCCUCAAAGUAGGAGUACCAUGCACUUGUACCACGGUGUCAAGAGAAAGCUACGGCCUGGACGGAUUUUGGGCUUUAUCAUCAGCCUGGUGGUUGUCUGCACAGUCUGUUCAUGGAGUGCCUUGAUGCUGGCCAAAUCAGUGACCACUCAGGUAGAUUCAGCUGCUGAAAGCUCAGCAGAGGGAGCAAUGCCCCAAAGAACUCUUCUGCAGUACCAGAACCUUUCAGCAGCACCAGAGGAUACACCGGUGGCCAUGAAAUCCUCCAGUAUAGAGAUGAAUCAUGGGGACUACCCAGCGGACUAUUUCAGUGUGGAGGACAGGCGCCAGGGCUACGUAGUGUUUCAUAUGUUUGGCAUGUUGUACAUGUUCAUAGCUUUAGCCAUUGUCUGUGAUGAGUUCUUUGUUCCUGCACUCACGGUCAUCACAGAGAAGCUGGAGAUCUCUGAUGAUGUAGCAGGAGCCACCUUUAUGGCUGCAGGUGGGUCUGCCCCAGAACUCUUCACAUCUGUUAUAGGAGUCUUCGUCUCCCACAGCAAUGUGGGUAUUGGUACCAUUGUGGGAUCAGCUGUCUUCAACAUCCUAUUUGUAAUUGGGAUGUGCGCCUUGUUCUCCAAAGAGGUGCUGAAUCUCACCUGGUGGCCUCUGUUCAGAGAUGUCUCAUUCUAUAUCGUUGGCUUGCUCAUGCUCAUCUAUUUCUUCUUGGAUAAUCAAAUUGUGUUGGAAGAAAGUGUUAGUCUGCUGCUAUUCUACACCUUCUAUGUAACUUUCAUGAAGUUCAAUGCCAAAUUCGAAUCGAUCAUCAAAAGCACGUUGGGGAGCAACCAGGUGGACGAGCUGGAGAAUGCACAGAAGGUAAAUGCCCCAAGUGAUGACGAGAACAAGCUUACGGCUAAACCCAGGCUGCAGAGGGAAGGCAGCUGUGCUUCUCUACACAACUCGCUGAUGAGAAACAGCAUCUUCCAGCUCAUGAUACACACACUGGAUCCCCUCAGUAAUGAGGGGCAUUUUAAAGAGAAGGCUUCAAUCCUUCACAAAAUGGCCAAGAAGAAGUGUAAAGAAGAUGGUCCCACUGCCAACGGAAUAGCUGAUAAAAAGAUCACAAACAGUACAAAUGUUGCAGUGGAAGUUACACCGCCAAUGAAUGGUGCUGCAGGAGGAGAUGGGGGUGGUGAGGAAGAUGAAGACGAAGACAAGCCUUUGAGCCUGGCAUGGCCUGACACCCCCAGGAAACAAAUCACCUACCUCUUGAUCCUGCCAAUCAUCCUCCCUCUCUGGCUCACGCUGCCUGAUGUCAGAAGAGAGACCUCAGAAAAGUUCUUCCCCGUCACUUUCCUCGGCUCCAUCCUUUGGAUUGCGUUCUUUUCCUACCUGAUGGUGUGGUGGGCUCAUCAGGUUGGAGAAACUUUCUGGAUCACAGAAGAAAUCAUGGGUUUGACAAUAUUAGCAGCUGGCACUUCGAUUCCUGACUUGAUCACCAGUGUGAUUGUAGCUCGAAAGGGCCUCGGUGACAUGGCUGUGUCCAGCUCAGUGGGCUCCAACAUCUUUGACAUCACUGUGGGUCUGCCAUUCCCCUGGCUCCUUUUCAACAUUAUCAAUGACUUGAAGCCAGUGGAGGUGAGCAGCAAUGGCCUGUUCUGCGCCAUCGUCCUUCUCUUCCUCAUGCUGCUGUUUGUCAUCAUGUCCAUAGGCGCUUGCAAGUGGAGAAUGAGCAAGAGUCUGGGCUUUCUUAUGUUUUUGCUGUACUUUGUUUUCCUCGUUGUCAGUGUCAUGCUGGAGGACAGAAUUAUUGUUUGUCCCGUUACAGUCUGAGGGAGGGACUCUGGUCAACUGCUGGUCAAACAGCAGAAAUUAAGCAUAACAGCUCAUAUUGACCAUUACAUAAAACAAACAUAUACACUUAAUAUGCACACAGUAGAGGUCUGCAUAGCC